GAAUUCCCUUAUGUUAGUCCAUCAUUACCACUCGUAUGAAUAAUACGUCAACAACUGCCGUGAUAAAAUAAACACAUUGACAGUCAAUAUUUUUUUUAAUUCUUAUUCCUGCGUUUUUUGAAAUAUUUCUAUAGAUUAAUAUUGGCAAAGGCGUUACAAUAGAGUGCUUAAUAAUUUAAAAAAAUGAGUCGCGCCUUUUUUUGUUUAAUUGUGCUCGUGGUGAUCAAUUUGGUGAAUGGAAGAAUUUUUGACAAACGAAAAUGCCCAGAAGUGAGAGCUGUACCGCAUUUUGAUUUAUCUCAGAUGCUGGGCGAUUGGUACGUAGUGGAAUACUAUGCUAGUGCUGAAGAAGCGCUUUCUUACAGCUGUAUGAGGGCUGUUUUCACGGAAGAUGACCAUGUUCAAGCUGAAGACGGUUCCAUCGAGUGGACGCCUGGAGUGACGAUGAACUUCACGUACCGCUUUGCUGAUGACCCUCUCGGUGAAAAUCUAUUAGGAAAUAUCACUUGGAAAGUUGAUCUGAAUGAACCAGCUCAUUGGACUCAUUCUGAAAUAACAUAUGAUGGCAUCUACAACACGUAUGUACUCGACACGGAAUACAAAACUUGGAUGCUGUUGCUCCAUUGCGCUGAGCAGCGUGAAGGUGCGAGAUAUCUCAGCGCGUUCGUGCUCUCCAGGAAGACUACAUUGCCUAAAAAUGUUAUGGCAUAUUUGAGGGAUAAGUUGCCGAGAUACGACGUAGAUGUUAAGUACGUGUUUCCCAUCCAGCACGAAGAUUGUCAGAACAAACCAGCGAAGUUUGACUACUCUCCCAUCCUUGUGGAGGUUGGCAGUAAGUCACCGAAGAGACCCGGCGUCACUUACAAAGUUGCCUUCGGACAUUGAAUGGAUAUCAUAUUAUUUGAAAUUUAAAUACAGCAUUAUAAGGCUAUUUUAUCAUUAAAAUAAUUACAUACAAAA